AUGCAUUUGUAUUUUCUUGGAUUGAGUCUGGCUGGUUACGACUCCCUUUGGGGAAGAAUGAUUCGCAGCGGCGUAGUCGGAUCAGUCGUGUCAGUCAAGCAGAGCGGCAAAUUUCCCAAUGGCGACCCUCUUCGGACGGUCUUCACAGGCCUUCACAGUUUCGAUCAGUUCUUGAUUCCGGCCGUGAUAUUUUACAACAAUAUUCUCAGCAACGAGUCAACGUCGGAUCGGAUGUUACUUGUUAGUCUCUUCACCACUAUGCAGACGACGACGCACUGCAUGUUGGUCUUGGGGUGGAGGCGGGGCAGAAGAUCAUGGUGGGCACAUGUGGAGCACUUGUUUUGGGGUGUUUUCAACCAAGCAUGGGGCGCUGCAGCUGUCUAUCCCCUCUACUGCUUUACCCAUGCCGAGCAGUUUCUAGAAAAAGAGACCGACUCACAUGGGCACCACUGUGAAAUCACGGGCCCGGCAACGGCCGAAGAAGCCUUUGCUUUAAUCCCGACUGCGGUUCUGGGCGCCGUCGCCCCGGCCAUGCUUCUCUAUCCAGCCUUCAACUCGGCCUGCGAUGUCAACCUGCGGCAGGGAUUGAUUGCCUUUUACCGUUUCACGCCUCUGGUACUUACAGUCUCACACCCCUUCUUCACCUGGGUUCAGCAGAAAAUAUCCGUAUACUUGGCGUGGCAUCCUCGGCCGGCAGAUUCGAGGAAGUAUGUCGCUGCAUCCUUGAUGAUCUCAGGCGUAGCCGCAGUGGCCGGACACGCAUAUACUCUACUCACCGCAGGCGGAGAUGGGUUUUCUGAAGUAUUUUGGCCAGCAGAGCACAUUGACCCGACCUUGCCUACGGUCAUCGCCGACGGAGCCCGUGAUUUCUUGCAAUGGGAUAUUUUCGUCAUCACGGCGGCUCUGGUUCCUUUUGCGAACCUCAUUUUGGGAACAUCUGGUCUAGUCCGGCGGUUGAAGAAGCGGAAUAAGUGGUUUUUGGGGUUCUCGGAGUCGUUUAUAGGAAGAAUUGCCGCUAUCACAGUUGCCAGCAGCAUAUUGUCGCCAGGUGCAGUUUUAGCCUUUGCGCUUGCUGCCAGAGCAAUCUUUUAA